CAUUGUGGCUGAGCUUGUUGAUGCUGUCCCCUGGUGUCGGUUCAGUUAGUCUACGCCCGUUUCUGCUCAUCAUCCCGGGCAGCAUCACAGCGUGAAGCACCGCCGAAACCCCCGUGGAGGAGAAACCAUGGCCGCCCCCGCUCUCUCCAGUCGGGCCGGCUCGGUGGGAAGCCUCGGGAACAGCCCCACCAUGGCUGCCGCCGCCGGCAGGGUGCCCCACGGUGGCGGCGGGCCCGAGUUGGACUUCAGGUCGGCGGCCCGCAUGGAGGACCUGAACCGCCUCAUCCAGGAGUUCAGCAAGCACGACCAACGCGAGUACGAUGACCAGCGGGCCCUGGAGAUCCACACGGCCAAGGAUUUCAUCUUCUCCAUGCUGGGAAUGGUUCAGAAGUUGGACCAGAAGCUGCCAGUGGCCAACGAGUACCUUCUCCUGUCGGGCGGCGUACGCGAAGGCGUGGUGGACAUGGACCCAGACGAGCUGAGCGUGUACGCUCGCGGAGCGGACUACGACAUGGACUUCACGCUGCUGGUGCCGGCGCUAAAGCUGCACGACCGCAACCAACCAGUCACGUUGGACAUGAGGCACUCAGCGCUAGGACACUCCUGGCUCAGCCUGCGUCUCUUCGAUGAGGGCACCAUCAGCAAGUGGAAAGAUUGCUGUACGGUGGUGGAGCACAUCAGCGGAGCUGCAAACUACUUCUUUUCGCCGACGCUGGUGGCCGACUGGUUCUACCAGGCGGUGUCGCUGGUGCUGCUGGAGGUGCAGAAGAAGCCCCAAAGGGGUGUUCCUCGCGUGGAGAAGGUGGAGCGCAACGGCACAGUAGUGUCAGUCAUUCUGGGUGUGGGCAGCAGCCGCAUGCUCUACGACGUAGUGCCUGUCGUAUCCUUCAAGGGCUGGCCUGCCGUGGCGCAGAGCUGGUUGAUGGAGAAUCACUUCUGGGACGGCAAAAUCACCGAGGAGGAGGUAAUCAGCGGUUUCUACCUGGUCCCCGCCUGCUCGCACAAGGGCAGACGGGAGAACGAGUGGCGGCUGUCGUUCGCCCGCAGCGAGGUGCAGUUAAAGAAGUGCAUCUCGCCCGGCCUCAUGCAGGCCUACCAGGCGUGCAAGGCUAUCAUCGUCAAGCUGCUGUCGCGCCCCAAGGCGGUCAGUCCUUACCACCUGCGCAGCGUCAUGCUGUGGGCAUGCGACCGCUUGCCCGCCAACUACCUGGCGCAGGACGACUUCUCCGCCCAUUUCCUUCUAGGCCUCAUCGACGACCUACAGCACUGCCUGGUCAACAAAACCUGCCCCAACUACUUCAUCCCGCAGUGCAACAUGUUGGAGAAUCUGUCGGAUGACGCCGCCGUGCUCCACGCCCGCAAGCUGUCUUCGGUGCGCUCCGACCCGGCCGAGCACCUGCGCACCACCAUCGAGCACGCCAAGGCCGCCAACAGGCUGACGGUGGAGUUGCAGUGGCGCGGCAGCACCGGCAAUCUGCCGUCGCCGCAGUCGGACGCCGGUGGGGAAAACCAGCCGGACGACCGUCUGGCCAAGAAGCUCCAGCAGCUGGUCACCGAGAAUCCCGGGAAGUCUAUUUCAGUCUUCAUAAACCCGGACGACGUCACCCGGCCGCACUUCCGCAUCGACGAUAAGUUCUUCUAAUCACGGUUUUUAUCUUCCUCUCCCACGCCGUCUAUCAGGAGUUUAUGUCCUAGCAUUCUUAGUUCUCCUUCCUCACUGUGUUCUUACCUACUGGAGGCCUUCAGACUGACAUCCAGAAAGCCAUUCGGAGGAAUCCCCCAGGUGGAAUCCAGCCGGAGAAAUCCAUCUGGAUGUCUGCUCAUCGUUCAAACAAACUUCUACAAAGUCACCUAAUGAAAUCCCCCACUUUUGACUGACCUGGAGAAAAUAAGUUUGAUUAUCAAGGAGUCUUUGUAGAGCAGUGGUUCUCAAAGCGCGGUACAAGUACCACCAAAAUUAUCUUGGCUCCCUCUAGUGGUAAGCGAAGAUUGCCAAUGACGUGUCCUAACUACAUUUUUUUAAUCCACAGGAGUGCAUGAAGUAGGGCUGCAGCUAUCAAAUAUUUUAGUAAUCGAGUAAUCGACUGAAAAUUCUAUCGAUUAAUCGAGUAAUCGGAUAAAACAUAUAUUUUUAGGUGAAGAGCAAUUAUAAAUAUACAUGAGAAAACAAGACAUUUCAUCUAAUCUUGAACCAUUUUCAGUCAAUCAAUGUCGUUAUUUUCGAUGUAUAUUGUUGAAAACAGCCAACAAUUGCAUCUCAGAUAUAACUGGAAUAAAAAAAGACUAAUUCACUGCUUUCCCUCAAAAAACUUUUAGAUCUUAUUAAAAUAUAUAUAUAUAUAUACAUAUAUAUAUAUCUUACCUAAAAAUGCCGUUACGCUUGAUAACACACAUCACUUAAAAGUUAGGAUUUUUUUCCUACGUGUUUCAAUUGAAUUUCUAUUUGUGUCAAGCCAUUUUUAAGUUCUAGUUAAGUUUUAAGUUAGUCUAAACUGUAAGUCCGGAUAGGAUUUUGAGUUUUUGCAGUGUUCAAAAUAAAUGUAUGAUACAGGCUGUAUUGGAGCACAUUAGGGACCAGUGCUACUUGGUGUUUUAUCUAUGACUACUGAGCUAAAAUUGACAGAUAGCAUUAUUGAGUUUUUAUUUUACACCCUCAUCACUCCACAACGCUAUGUUAUAUUAAAGCCUGUAUGUAAGACACGUUAGCCACGCAUCGACAGUGGUCAUAAUUAAUAGAAACCUGGCCCUCCGCAGGGCUAACGUUACGUGAGCUUGUGACAGUAACGUUAAUCUUAUUUAUUAGCGCUUAGCGCUCUUUAUUAGCGCUUAGCGCACUACUGCUUUAAGAUGGCGGCGGUUUACUAACGCUGCCCAGACACGGCCGAGUCUGUCAUUGCGCAUCUAGUUCAACAUACAUGUGAUCUCUACGAGACGCAUCAGACGCUACCUGCUACCAACUAGCAUCGUGCGGGCAAGUAUUUAGCAACGUCGGCGUCGUGUGUAGCGGCUGUCUGCUGCAGUAAGUUUUGUUGUUGUUGUUGUUUUGCUUUUUCCUCUACGCACGUAACAUCAGCGCGUUGUCCCGCAUUAAAAGUAGUCCGAGCAAAACGUGAUGCUUAGAGCUGUCAAAAUAACGAAUACUCGAGGUGAAUAAAAUUACUCGGAUCAGUUUUUAAACUCGAGUUACUCGAGUUGCUCGAGUAUUCGUUUCAGCUCUAGCAUGAAGUACUAGUCCUUCUAAAAAAUUUGCAUAUUGUGAUAAAGCUCAUUAUUUUCUGUAAUGUACUGAUAAACAUUAGACUUUCAUAUAUUUUAGAUUCAUUACACACAACUGAAGUAGUUCAAGCCUUUUAUUGUUUUAAUAUUGAUGAUUUUGGCAAAAAAGUCAAGAAAAACAAAAAGUUCCUAUCUAAAAAAAUAGCAUAUCCAGAAAAGGUACUGUAAAGAAGCUACUAACCUAAUUAAUGGAAAAAAACAAGCAAAAAAUUGACUGCACUGUAAACAGAAGCGAAAGAAGCUCAAAACUCCCAAAUUUAGCUUAAAGUGCGUAUGACACCAAAAAGUAUGUUUAUUUCAGAUUUCACGCGGUAUUUUAUGCUCCUGAAUGAAAUGGACCGCUUGGAUGUGUGUGGAAGCGACUGUUUUUAAAAAAAUUCAAUUUCUGAAUCCCGCGCCAUGAAAAUAAGUAACUUCCGGCUCCAGCCUCGAGUUGAGGACGAAUGCAAAUGUGACAUCACCCGGGUCAGCAUCUCACAAUACAUCAUUGGUUUAUAGCAUGCAGAUGGACUGCGGAUUCAGCUGAACUAAUUUGGUUAUUUUUCGCAUCACGCCAGCCAAACGGCUGCAGGGUUUUGUAGCUGCACAAGGGCGAGGCGUGUGAGGCUUUUAGGGUUUGAAAAAGUUCCCGUUCACCCCGAGAUCGGCCAAAACAAGUGUGCGACAAGGACGAGGAAGUGAGUAAACAUCGUGUUUUGUAUUAUGUUAAAUACUGGGAUCAUGGCACACGUUUUAAUACAGAGGUGGCUUACACUUUGUGGCUGACAAUGCUCCUUGUCCACCGAGAAUGCCACUCGGCCGACGACCGGCGGUUUGUCGCACACCCCUCCUCGGUCCUUCACGUGCCCGCCAGGAGAGCACUAUACUCGGCUUAUUGCCCUCUUCGUGUGCCUGUUGUUCUGUCAAAUUUUCCACGUUAUCAGAAAUUUCAACUUUGUGUUAAAAAAUGGCCGCGAAUACAGAAAUUACAAAGUACACACUACAAACUUUCUUUAAAGAAAGGAAUAUUUACUUACGUUUGAUCAUGGACGGACAUGUAGAAAAGUUCUCCUCAGACACAUCCUGCCAUGGCAGCUGCACAACAACUGCACGCCGCUCUCUCACUGUAUACGUCUUCGCCGUAUAGUUAAGCAUUAAUUUACGCCAUAUUAGUUUUGACCAUGUGGCAGCUACGCACUCCUCCGACCGGUUUGUCCGGCGGUCAUUCUCCAGUUGCAUCCCCGCAAACAAGCUUUCCUGCCCGAUGCAGUGAAACGACGAGCUGUAACUUGCUCGCCGCCAGGCGGGUUGCCGAUCGGCAGAGACAAUCGACAACCCCGCCGCUGUGUGACAUGUUCCGGAGUAGUUUUGAGUGAUUUUUUGCUUCGAAAAGCAAAAAUAAGACUUUGAGACGUCACUCGGUUCGGGUUUGCAUGUCGGCUAGCUGUUACGCAUCCUGGUUUGUUUACAUUCUAUGAAGCAGAAGCAGGGAAAUGAAAAAAGCCGGACUAAAUCCAGUGGCAUAAAAUAUCGUUCGGGAGGUGCAACAAUGAAGGUGAAGUAGACAGUUUUGACCAUUAUGGACAAAUUUUGCCAUGUCGUACUGAAUAUAUGCAUUGGUAGUAAAAUAUUUGUUAUUUUAGUGUUAUUUCAUUGCAGGCAAAAUCAAUGAAGCUAUUACUACCAAAGCAUUUGUAAUUGCAAUCAUUUUCUGGGAGAAAUUGAGCAUUAUCUGAAAGAAUUUCAGGGGUGCCAGUACUUUUGGCCAGCACUGUAUGUCCGUUGUUAUGCCAGUUAAGGGCUUUGGCGCUCUUCGGGUGUGCUUAUCAUAUCUUCUGGCCUGAUGAUACUUUUAGGUUAUGCUGUAGUUUAGGGCUGCAGCUAUCGAUUAUUUUAGUAGUCGAUUAAUCAAUGAACCAUUAGUUCGAAUAAUCGAGUACUCGGAUAAAAAUUAAAUUACCUGAGCUGAGCCUAAAACGGUAUAAAAAAUAAAUAAAUGAGGAUCUAUGUACAACAAAAGAACAAUUUGCUAACUUACAUAGAAUUUGAUAGCAUUUAAACUAGCGGACUUUUGCUAACUUUUUUACAAUGCUCUUAAAUGGUUCAGACGCAUAUUCCCUCAAAAAUAGGCUAAAAAUACCUUUAGACAAAAUAAUGAAUGCAUUAAAAAAACAUUAGCUCAAACAAAUACAUAGCUUAUGUUGGUCUUAACAGGGAGCACUUGGAUUUAGCCAUGUGAAAUGAGGAAGACUAGAAGGCAGAGUAUCCACCCAAAUGAUAAAAGUACAGGCAAACACUUUCAAAAUAAACCAUUACAACGCCACUUAAACGAAUACUCGAAGCAGCAAAAUUUAAUUGAUUAAUCGUUGCAGCACUACUUUAGUUAGUUUGAAGUUCUUUUUUAAAAUCAUAAUGUAGUUUUAAUGCUCAGAUUGUUGAUUAUAAAAUUAACUAAUACCGCUGGCUUUUUUUCAGAACAUUUUGCUUAUUACUCUAACAUAUUUUAGUAAUUUGGCUGCCAUUGACCUCCAAUUCAUUUGAAUUGGGAGGACUAACAGCGGAUGCUCACACUUCACUGCUAUUGACGCUGAAAGAUGAUCAUUCCAAACUCUCGCAGUCAAAAUUAAUUGUGACAAAUGAGGGUAGCAAUCGAAGAGCUGAGCAUUUUUUUACGGUUGUACUUGCUGUAAAAUGUUUGAGAACCACUGUUCUAGCAAAACCCACCUGGAAACAUCUACCUGGAAGAAUUUAACUGAAAAAAAAAAAAAAAAUCAACCUGAGGAAUGACGGCAAACCAGUCAGCCGAGAACUAAAGCCUAUCUUCUGAGUGUUCACCACGUCAACGUAUGGCGGUAAAAGACACCAUCACUCACUCACAAAAUCAGAAGAGUAACACAGAGUACUAUGGCCACACUGAAAACACAGAAAAACUACCAGAAAAGAUUUAAAUGCCUGCCGAUUUUGCUCUUGUAGGGUAUUUUUCUCACAAUCCGUGAUAUUUUUUUCUUCAGUGUGGCUUCACCUUGUGGGGGGUCUUUUGCUUCACAGUGUGCACCUAAAAAAAACUUAAUUCGUUGAUCACAGAAGUAGGAUUUUGUCUUACUUUUCGGAAUGAGAAAAAGAACAGUUCAAGUAAUUCCAAGUGUGUUUUUCUUGUAGUGUGAGACACUGGUUUUCAAAGCUUAAUCUUGUAUUGAUUGUUACAAACUGAAUGUUAUUUUGAAUCCACAAUGCGUGAAUGUGAUCUCAGAUGCUAUGUUUUCAACUCACGUAUUCCACGUUGGAAAAGCAGCCGGAUUGUCACCUCGAAACUUUUUUCACUGUACGAUUGUCAACAUGCGUCUUAGUUCAAAAUGUGAAUUUUCCUAGAGGGUACACACGUUUUAAUAGUCGCAAAAACCCAGCGAUUUCACGACUACUUGUUAGCAUCCAGUUGAAGUUUUGCACUGAAUGUAAAAAGCACCAACGCAGCCACACUCCUGAACUGUCAACAUUUUCAGCAGGCCAGGCAAUGAGUUAAUACUAAAUGUCUUGAUUAUUUUUAUACUUUAAAAAAAUAUUUUUUAUUUUACAUUUUUAAAUUGAAGAGUAAAGAUAAGAAAAAACAGUAUUCUUUUUUUUUAAUAGCUUCAAUAAAUGUUAAAUGGCAAAUGUUCUAUAUAAAGUUUUUUUUUUUUUUAAUUAUUAAAAACAAGGGGAUUUUGAAAAAGUUUUUGCUAUUGUUAUUUAUAAUUUAUCAAUUUAUAGCAGAAGUUCAGGACUUUUGACAUUAGACUUAAUCUUCGAGUUAGCAGGGGUUUAGUUAGUUGGUGGAGUUGAUUUCAACAAAUUCCAUUUCGUUUGUUUGCAAGUUAUUUGUUAGUUAAGGGCUCCGGAGUGGCUACGCUAGCGCGAGUCAAUGGCACCAUCAUAGCAUGCUAAUAAAAAAACGAUACAGAUCCAACUUAGUCAAACAAAUUCAAAACACAGAUCAUUGUUUCAAAACACCCAUGUGGCCAAAACAAUGUCACACCAAACUGCCGUAAUUCAUUUCAUUCUGCAGGAAUUUUUUUUAAAAUGCGUAAUAUGAUCCCAAUAAAGAUGAGUGCUUCGGUCACGCGUUCUCACGCUGCGUUCGAGGAAGGUGGGAAGUUGGCCUUAUCCCGCUCGGAGGGUACCAGUUGCGACCUUAAAGCAUUCCAAGCGAAUGUAAACAGCAAAGAUGGCUGAUCGCCACAAGUUGUUAUUUAUUUUGGCCUUCAAGCAUAGCAUGCCAAUAAAAAACAACAUAUGCACACGUGAAAAUCAUCGAUGACCUAUGCAAUCAAUAGUGUUGGCUUUGUUUUCAGGAUAAAGUUAUUAAAACUUACCAUUGCACGCAGUGCUUAAUUUGUAAACCAUAAGGUGCCGGAACGCAAAGUACAUAUGGCAGCACAGGGAUGACGAGACGGGCACAGGUCCCGGAACGUACGCUGAAAACACGACGCAAAUGCCCAGUUGCCAUGCUUUGGGACUUACAAGCCUCAAUUUCAGGUAAUAUCCAUGUUAUAAAUGUUAUGACAACAAUUCACAAUUAUUUAGCUAUACUCUGCACAGCACAGAACCACAGGUGGGACUUACAGUACACAGUCAGCAAUUAGUUUCUCAACAGGUCUAAUUUGUAAAACAUAAAAAAAUCUGAGAUUAUACCAUAUUGGCCCGAAUAUAAGACGGCCCUGAUUAUAAGACGACCCCCUCUUUUUCUAGAAUCAAGUUUGAAAAUUAAUUUUUAUACAGAAAAUAAUCACAGUACAUCUGAAACAAAUGAUUAUAACAAUAUAUUUGAGAGAAAAAGCAUGUUUUUAUGCCUCAUUCAAAUCUUAAUAUCUAAACAUUUAAAUAUGUAAACUAAAGUGCAAUCACAUUCGUAAAUGAAUGGCUUCUGGUUUUUGAAAUGUAGAUAAACCAAUCUAUUGUGAUAAAACAACAACAUUGCAAUAACUGCAUUAACCAUUACAGUGAAGUCAAACUGUAACUGUAGUCUUAACAAAUGUGAGUAAGGAAAAAUAUUGCAAUAAAAUAACUGGUUAAACUCGUGGCUGAGAUCCGUCAUGACAGACCAUCGCUUCAAUGAUAUCUGGUGCCAUCUAGCGUCGUGAAUGGGGAGAGGAGCUGAGAUCUGUCAUAACAGAACAUCGCUUCAAUGAUAUCUGGCGUCAUCUAGCGUCUUGAAUGGGUAUAAUGUCUAGACCGCGAAUAUAAGACGACCCCCUCUUUUUCAAUCUUAUUUCAAUGCAAAAAACACCGUCUUAUAUUCGGGCCAAUACGGUAAUAAAUAACACAAAACCAUUCUUUUGCGAGUUUCAUCCCCGAUAUCUUCUCUGGCUCCAAAGUUCCCACCGCCUUACAAAUUGUGCAGCCCAAACCCCAAUUUCCCAUAAGGGUACUGGCCUGUUGCUCCGACUGUUGGGGGUCAUCCUGGCUGACAGCUGGCACUGUAGCUGCCCCCCACUCCGGGUGGCGCUGAACCUGACCAGCUGCUGCCACGGUAGAAGCCUCCUGCCCCGGCUUGGCUGGCUGUCCGUGAACCUGACUAGCUGCUGCUGCGCUAGCCUCCUGCUGCACUCGGUCCCGCCCGUUAGCCUGAUCGCUGCAGCUGCCCUCAUCGCCAGUUGUUGCUUUUCUGACUGUUUUGAACCAUCAUCCUUCUUUUUGAAAAAAGACAGUAAAUGCUUUUUGGCAUGUUAAAAUACCAUUUGAUCCUGGCUGCUUGCUCCCCAGAUGCCACAAAUUUCCAAGUUCUUUUUUUGUCAGGGGUCGUAAUUUGCUGGUCCAGCUUUUCAGUGCAUCAACAAAUCUCCGACUCUUUCAAAUGACGUUAAAUUUUUAUUUUAAAAAAAAACAUGCAAUUCUUGGGAUUUGUUCUGUAAAUGAAUUUACACAUAUUAUUAUAAUUUUACUUUCUACAUUAAAAAAAACAAAAACAAAACGUUUUUAUAUUACGGUAUUGGCCCGAAUUUAAGACGGUGUUUUUUGCGUUGAAGUAAGGCUGAAAAAGAGGGGGUUGUCUUAUAUUCGCGGUCUAGACACUAGAUCAGGGGUGUCCAAACUUUUUGUAAAGGGGGCCAGAUUUGGUGUAGUAAAAAUGUGGGGGGCUGACCUUGGCUGACAGAACAAUAUAUUCAAGCAAAUUUUAGCAAGCCAUUCUGUGCGUCACAUUUGCUUCAUUAUUUUUUUAAAUGAAUAAUUUCAACAAUCUCGCAACUAGCCUCUGUGGCGUUCUCUUUUGACUCUCGGGCUCUUGCGCAAUUCUACUGUGGAAUUAAACUAGCUUCAGGUUGCUUCAAUUUCUCGCAACGUAUCUUCCCUGUAAUCUUGUCGUACAUGUCAGCGUGUCUUGCUUGGUAAUAUCGCCUCUCAGUGAACUCUUUAAAAAAGGUGACUGUCUCUUUGCAAAAGAGGCGGACACAUUUAUUGCGUAUUUUGGUGAAGAAAUAGUCCAAUUUCCACCUAUCCUUGAAGCGUUGGCCAACACAGUCAACUGUCUUUUGUUGACUAUCGCCAUUUUAGGAAAUUGGAAGGGUCACACGGGGUAGUGGGUAAAUGAGGAGCAGCAUUUAGUGUGUAAGCUACUUCAUAUGCUGGUAAAUGGUGUUAUACUUAUAUAGCGCUUUUCCACCUUUCAUGGCGCUCAAAGCGCUUUACACUAUCUCGCCAUCUACCUACUGGUGACGCAGCACCAGGAGCAACGUGUGGUUCAGUAUCUUGCUCAAGCACACUUAGACGAGUUCAUCAGGACGGAGAAUCGAACCCACAACCUCUGGUUUUGGGGGACAACUACUCUACCACUGAGCCAUGCCACCCCUGGUAGCAGUACUGCUGACCAAUUUAUUAAGUCUGUGUGCCGGCCAGACGUUAUUGAUUUUAUGACAGAGGCAGGGGGCCUGAUGAAAUUUGACCGCGGGCCGCAUUUGGCCCCCGGGCCGGACUUUGGACAUGUCUGCACUAGAUGCUAGAUGGCGCCAGAUAUCAUUGAAGCGAUGUUUUGUCAUGACAGAUCAGAUGGCGCCAGAUAUCAUUGAAGCUAUGCUCUGUCAUGAUAGAUCUCAGCUACACUCAAGUUUAACCAGUUUGCAUUAUUUUAUUGCAAUGUUUUUCCUUAUUCAGAUUU